GCUCAACUAGAGAGCGAGCGAUUAACACGAGAAGCGAGCGAUAGCUGUAAACCAUUAUUCACCCAGUUGAAUGAAUCUCUGCCCGCAACAGAAUAACAGGACCGCGUUUCCUUCGACAAGGAACUUCGUGCUUUUGCUCUGCCCCCUUUCAUAAACGCAGGACGGGUAUAAAAUAUUAGCUUGCAUGAGAAAGACUACAAGGAAGAGACCGCGAAAGAGAGACGCAUGAGGAAAGUUUUCCUACGCAAAUACAAACUGGACGGAGCUGUGCAGAAAUCGUGACGCAAAAGCCAUGCACUGGUCGUACAGUGUGGGAUAGUUCUUCUGUUGUCGUUCAUUUGAAGGAAAUGCCUUUUUGGUGGCUUUCGUCAACCUCCACAAAAGUUUAACGCCAGAAAGGCUUUAUUAUUCUUUUCGACAGAAUAGCGCGUAGGUCAACCUUCUUGCGCGCCUAUAUGAGCGGCUGUUUUCUCCUGUUGUCAUUUGAUCGUUUCGCUCUUCCACGUCGGUUUGUUUUGGGGGACUGGGGGUGGGUUGGAUAUAUAUAUUUUUUUCACUUUUCCUACAUGGCCUCUUCCGGGAUGUAUCUUCUUGUGAAAUGUAUGCUGAUCUCACAACUUGUGCUCUUAAUCACGAGGAACAGUGGAGCACUCAUAUGUCUGCCCUGUGAUAAGUCCAAAUGCGAGGAACCCAAGCACUGUACCGGUUCGGUUGUGCUGGGAAUCUGCGGCUGCUGUUCGGUUUGCGCCAAGCAGAAAAACGAGAGCUGCGGUGGCGUUUACGGACUGUACGGGACCUGCGACCGGGGGCUCCGGUGCGUGAUUAGACCCCCGUUAAACGGCGGCUCUAUCACGCAGUAUGAGGUCGGAGUUUGUGAAGAUGAAAACUGGGAUGACGACCAGCUCUUGGGCUUUGAGCCAUGCAAUGAAAACCUGGUUACAGGCUGUAACAUCAUUGAUGGGAAGUGUGAAUGUGACAGUGUGCGAACAUGCAACAACCCAUUUGAGUUUGCUAGCCAGGAUGCCUGUCAGACGGCCCUGCAUAAGAUUGAAGAGGAAAGACCAGACUGUUCCAAGAGGAGGUGUGAGGUGCAGUUUUCUCCACGAUGCCCUGAGGACUCCAUUUUGAUUGAGGGCUAUGCUCCACCAGGUGAAUGUUGCCCCCUGCCCAGCCGCUGUGUGUGCAGCCCAGCCGGGUGUUUGCGGAAGGUUUGCCAGCCUGGGCACCUCAACAUUCUAGUAUCCAAGAGCUCAGGCAAGCCUGGGGAGUGCUGUGACCUCUACGAAUGCAAGCCAGGUGCCACUUGGCAAAAUCAUGUUUUUCAUCAGCACGUGCCACAAACCAGCACUAACCAGUAUGAAGAGUCAGUGUUCAGUGUAGACUGCAGUACAGUAGAGUGUCCACCAGUGAAACCUGUCCAGUGUCCAGCCGACAGUUAUGAGACUCAGGUCAGACUGACAGCGGAUGGCUGCUGCACCCUUCCUACCAGAUGCGAGUGUUUGCCUGGCCUCUGCAGCUUCCCACAGUGCCCAGCAGGGACUUCCCCUCAGGUCAUGUCCCAUGGAGACGGAACACCUGGGAGGUGCUGUGAUGUGUUCCAGUGUGUCAAUGAGACAAAGGUGGCCUGCACUUUUAAGGGAGUGGAGUACCAUGAUGGCGACAUGUUCAGGAUGGACGCCUGUCGCUUUUGCCGAUGUAAGGGAGGAGUAUCUGUGUGCUUCACUGCGCAGUGUGGCGUCCUGCACUGCGAACGCUACUACGUACCCGAAGGAGAAUGCUGUGCCGUCUGUGAAGACCCUAUGUACCCAGUACUGAAUUUCGCUGGCUGCUACGUGAAUGGGCAGAUUCUGGCUCAUGGAGACCACUGGCGUGAAGACGAUUGCACCUUCUGCCAGUGUGUGAGUGGAGAAGCUCGCUGUGUGGCGGCCGCCUGCGGCCACAGCUGCCUAAACCCUGUUACAGUGCCAGGAGAGUGCUGCCCCGUGUGCGAGGAACCCACAUACAUCACGAUGGCGCCCCCUGCCUGCGGCUCGCUGGCCAACUGCACGCUGACGGAGAAAAGCUGCCUGCAUGGAUUCCGGUCGGACUCCAAUGGCUGUCGGACAUGCAGCUGCAGAAACAGAGAGGAGCUGUGCAGCACUCUAAUUGCCAGCUGCACUCUCAAAUGCCCUUUUGGCUUCCAGACUGAUGUCCACGGCUGUGAUGUUUGCCAGUGCCGCCCACGUCACAAGAAGUGCAAAGCUGUGUCCUGUGUCAAGAACUGCCCGUUCGGCUACAUCAAGAACAAACAUGGCUGUGACACCUGCCGUUGUAAGAAAUGCCCUGAGCUACCAUGUGACAAAUCCUGUCCAAUGGGCUUCCAGCACGAUGAGUUGGGCUGUCUGAUGUGUCAGUGUAGAGAUCAAAGCUCAUCAUCUGUGGCUCCAACAGUGAAACUGGGAUCCUGCUUGUCUAUGGACGGCCAGAGGCACGAGAACGGCCAGAGUUGGCAUGACGGCUGUCGGGAUUGUCACUGUCAUGCUGGGAGAGAGAUGUGUGCCCUUAUAUCGUGCCCUGUGCCCUCCUGUGACAACCCUACCAUACGGACCGGCCACUGUUGCCCUACAUGCCCAGAAGAGUCCAGUUCACAUAAGCCGGAGCUCAGCGAGGCAUCAGUGUGUUUGGCCCCGGGUGGGGAGUACUUUGUGGAGGGAGAGACGUGGAACAUUGACUCCUGCACUCAAUGUACCUGCCACAGCGGCCGCGUGCUCUGUGAGACGGAGGUGUGCCCACCCGUGCUCUGCCACAAUCCAAUCAGAACGCAGGAUUCGUGCUGCCCUCACUGUCCAGAUGAUCCAGUCACUCCUCAGACGCCCAGUAAUGACAGUAUGCCCGCUUACUGCAGGAAUGAGGAGGGUGACAUCUUCCUCGCUGCUGAGUCCUGGAAGCCUAACGUCUGCUCCAGCUGUGUUUGUCUGGACGGAGCCAUUAGUUGCUUCUCUGAGUCAUGUCCACCGGUCAACUGUGCCCGGCCUGUGCUCAGAAAGGGCCAGUGUUGCCCCUAUUGUCUAGAUGCCACACCAAGAGCCGUGUGUCAUUUCAGUGGAAAGACGUACAUGGACGAAGAGCGAUGGGACAUUGACAGCUGCACUCAUUGCUACUGUCUGCAAGGCCAGACCCUGUGCUCGACUGUCAGCUGCCCCACCUUACCCUGCCAUCAGCCAAUCACUGUGGAGGGCAGCUGUUGCCCCAUGUGUCCAGAGUCUUAUGCUCCCACAAAUGUGCCCAUUGAGAAGACAGACCAAAGAGGAGACAAGCAUAGACAUCAACCAGCCUGGCCCACUCACAGCGAAAAUGAUAUCAUGCCACAGUUCAGAGGUGAAUUUGGGAGUCUCCAGAUGCCAUACUUAGAUGGCAAGAUGCCAUUGCCACAUGAGGAUGCUGGUUUGCACUGGGCCUGGGUGGCAAUGCCCAUACUAAUGAUGAUGCUCACUAUCGCCGCCCUGCUGUUGGUCAACCAGCGUAAGCAGUGGAUCCCUGUGCCUUGUUACCACACACCCAAAAAGCCCACGUAUCACAAUAACCAACAGGAGUAUGUGGACGGUCAGAAGAGGACAACGGUCCAGCUGGACAGCCACCAAUGCAUGCUCCGCAUUGCAGAUCCGGACUCAAGAUACAGCGGUUACUACAGCAUGCAGAAACCCAACAACCUGCAGGCUGACAACUUCUACCAGACGGCGUGAGGAACGGGAGAGCGAGAGAGAGUGAGUGAUCAAGAAAGAGAGAGACUGAGUCUGUGUUCGGGUGCUUAAACCUCUGCGGCAACACGAACACUAAUAAAAACUAUAGAGAAACAUAAAGCCGUCAAUCAAAGCGGACAGUGAAGAGGGAAACAAUUAUUAUAUUCACUUAAGUCACUCCGAGCAAGAAAAUAUAGUAUAUGUCACACAUCAACACCCAAAGUUUCACCAGGAGCAAGAAGCUGCACCUAUGUAACGAACCAAACAUUAACCGGGUGUUAUUGGUAAAUUGGAGAAGACUCGUCCGGAGUAUUUUUGUGAUAGGUUGAGCAUCUUUUUUUGUGUGAGUGUGAGAUAUUCUGGCUGUUCAAGUUGAAGAUAGUUGUGAAUUGAUUAGGACGACGAGGUGGAUUUUUAAUUUUAGUUUUUAAACAAUAUUUUUCCUGCAUUCCUACUUUUUGUCAUAAAACAGAAAAUGAGCGAAACAGUUGACCAGUGCUGAAACAAAGCUUCUCUGUCUGAGGUACCUGAUAAGACCAGAGAGGUCGCUGUGGGACACUCACCUUCCCGAGACAGAGGAGACGCUGGACUAUGUGUAGGGAAAAGACAGGCGAGAAAAUAACAAGUUUUUGUGGGAGAUGCUACUGUAAGAUUUUGAUUUCCCCAGUGCUGUGGAUGAAUUCGACCAAGCUUUUUUUUGGUCUUAAAAGACAAAUGGAAGCAAAUGGAGUAAGCUACUCUGUGGACAGUAGAUCUUCCUGCUAGAUGAUGGAGGUGUGGCGUCUCUAUGUUGUAUUUCUGCUUACGUGUAUAAGCGUUUUCCCAUUUAACCAUCCAAACACCAUUUGUUCUUUCUCUCACAACCAAGGGCAGAUUGACUUACACUCCUAGCAAAUAUAUAUUUUACCGAAACAAGUUGUGAAGGUAGAGUGUAAACACGAGAACAUAGCGAUAGUGGUUUGGAUUUGAGGCUAUGCUUUACAUGUACUGCUUUUUUUGCUUUGAUACUUCAAACCUCAAUCUCUAGGCAUGAAACCUGUAGCGUCCCUAUGGAAACAUUUACCAUCAAAAUCAAAGGGCCUCGUUUGUCAAACACAAGUGGAACAAAUUCUUGUGUAAAUUGUUUGCGAAACAAUCUUAUGUAAGUUGACAGGUUGACAGGUUAUGCAAGAAUGGUUUUACAAACGGUUAUUAUAUAUUAGUAGUUCUGUGAACGAUUACACGAAAUUACUACAUUGUCGUCCAUCUAGAUAUUUUAUGAACUAUUACUACAUAAUAGUAAUUCUUGGAACGAUUAACACAAACAUUAUUCAAAAUGUUUUAACACCAUUUAUACAUAAACUUGAUCUGUAUGUGUUUUUCAAAUGAGGCCCAAAAAUUAAAUCAAACUGGUACAGGGAGUUUGCAACAAACAAACAUGUUUUUAAUGUUCUUUAUUUGUACUUUUCACAAAACUGCCCCUAAGGUUACUAAGGCACCUUUGUUCUGGUUUUCUACGAUAAAUUCGGCUUAAAAAAUCCAAAACUAUUAUAGUGGCGUAUAUGUACAUAUUAAUGCUAAACUGAAAAGAUAUUAUGUGAUUAUAUAUGUACGUAUAUGUAUUGGCAUGUACGUACAAGUGCACAAACACAUGUACGCUCACAUGACUUCUCUUCGAUCUGUAUGGUUCCUAGUUCAUUUUCCUAAUGAAUGUAUUUAUGAUUGAGAAAAAAUAUAAGAUUUAUUUAAUGGCAAACUGAGAAUGACAGGCUUUCUGUUGCCUUUUUUGUUUGACGUUAAUUUAAAGAAACACAGAUGAUGAUGAUACUGAAAGAUAGACAAACAUCUCAUUCGAUCCUUUUUUGUGUAUUUCUUUCCCCAGUUUUCUCUGAUCAUAGUCUUGGUCUUUAACAAGUUGGCUUUGUUUUGACAGGCUUUCAAGUCAAAUAAUUUUUUUUAAUUGAAAAUUGAACAGCAAAGACAUUAAAUGCAAUUUGCUAUGUAGUUAUGAAGCGCACAUCACAUGCCAUCAUAAGAAUAGGAAUGUGAAUGUGUGAACUUUCAGUCCUUUAGUUUAUUUUUAAAAGCAAAUUUGAUUCAAAGCCAUGUCACAGUGCCGUGUUAAGCGAUGAAGCUCUUUAUUCCUUGUCAUGAUUCCUUACAGGUGUCAGAACUACUGGAAUGUAGAUGGAAAUAAGCUGUUGAAGUGAGGGGGUGGGGCAAGGUGAGGGCGGGGCAGCGGGAGGGCAGAGGGCUUGGGAUUGUAGCUACAGUAUGUGAUAGUUUGUCUUGGUUGUAUCUUUAUCUGUAUGUGAUAUUGUUUGUAGAGCUGUACAACUUGGCACUUUUAUAUAUAGAGAGAAAUUCAACAUACAGUAUAGUAUCUCUUUCAUUUUCUUUUUUAUACAAACCUGUUUAAUAUAAAAAUUUGCCCUUGAUUUUCCGAAAACCUUGCAGAAACAUAUGCAGGGUUUAUUGGGUGAAUCUCAUGAAAUGUGUCCACCCCUAAAUCAAACGAAAAAAUGGCAUAAAGAAUAUUAUAUUUUGGAUAAAAAUGAAAGCAAGUGUAAAAUCAUUGUUUAAUUUAUGACAUAAUUUUCAUGACUAAACAGCAGUGUCCACCACAUAUAAGUUUUUAAUAUUUUCAAAUUAUGUAAUCAGUCAUUUUUGUACAGCAUACUGUAAAAUAACUAAUACACUUUGGUAUAAAAAUUAUUAAAAAAAGAAUAUAUUUUGUUUAGCAAUGUUUUCAGCAAAAUAUAAGUUCUUGUUUCAUUUUUUAGAUUUCGGGUUGAAAUAAUAUUAACAGGUUUUGUUAGAUUCACCCAAUGAUACAUUCGUUUCAGAACUUAAUCUAUAACUGCAACAUAUUGAUAAUUCUGUUAUAAAGCUAUAUAUUAACAAUAUAAUUCACUGUGUUAUCACCACAAGCCAUAAUGUUUUACCUUGUUUCAAACACACAAGUAUGCAGAUACAACUCAGAUCACAAAUAAGCAGUUGCUUUUGAGACUUUAGGCUUAAACACACAGAUCUGGACCAUUCGCUUUUGUUUAUCCUCUAUCACAUUUCUGUUUUGUGGAAAUGAAACAAUUGAUAAGUAGUCCUGUCUUUUAGUCACGGCCAAUCAUAAAGCAUCUAAGAAAUAGUAAACAAGAUUUAGUUCUAGAGAAAACAACACACACAAAACAACAUUUCCACCUCAUUGCUUCCAAACACUCCGUGUAUGAGGUUAUGAUGGAAAGCUUACAACACUGGUUGGAUUUGGUUCGGACAGAUCUGCACGUUUAUUUGGGUUCUACUGAGUGGUCUUGAAUUUUUUAAGUGCAUUCUCCAAGUAUUGUUGUAAAUACUUGAGUGUCACUCGCCAAAACAACCUAAAAAAUUAAGAAAAUGUUUAAAAAAAUGACACAAAAAGGUUUGAAAAGAGGUAAAAAUUUGAGAUGUAAUAUAUUGUCUUUGACCUUAAUAAUUUAUUGAUGAGCUGAAAAACUGACCUUAGCCGUCUCUCAAAGAGCGUUUCAAAGUUUAAGACUUCACACAGUGUCAGUUUGUUCUUUGUUUGUUUGUUUUUUUGGCUCUACAUAGAGCAGAGAAGUGUCCAUAUUCAGAAAAUGUAUCCCCUCUCCACCCUCUCCAGUCUUUCCACAUGAAUUAUCAUCCCUUUUAGAGUUUGUAUAAUACUGGUGUUUAAUGUUCAUGUAAAAAUAAUGUCAACAUUGGUUAUGAUAUUGCAGGUUUAUUAAAAGGGUAGUUGAAAUGUUGAAUCCUGUAGCGCAGCAGAUUUUUUUUCAAUUUCUUGUAUCAUUUUGUUUGUUUUCUUUGCAGCACAAUAAAUACUUUUUAAACAA